AUGUCCAGCGCAGACCGGGAAAAUACAAUUGAAGCAACGGGGGUUGAACGGCAUGAGAGUAGACUUUCUCGAAUAAUCUCCCGAAUUGACCAUGACGACGCGGAGAUACGAUAUGAUAUUGAGGGUAAAGACAACCAAAUAUCUCAACCGGAUUCAUCCGCAUCCAGCAUCUUAGGCUCCCGCAAGAAAGUAAUACAUUGGGAGGUGAAUGACCCGGAAAAUCCAUACAACUGGUCCUCGGCGCGGAAGUGUUACAUCGUUCUCGUAGGAAUGCUCGUGGUGAUCAAUAGUACCAUGGGUUCUUCGUUACCUUCAAAUGCAAUCCCAUAUAUUGCUCCACACUUUCACAUAACAUCGGAUUCUGCGCAAAUAUUACCAAUAUCAAUGUACCUCCUUGGAUAUGUCCUUGGACCUUUGGUAUUUUGCCCAUUAUCAGAACAGUAUGGAAGAAGAAAUAUCAUGUUGGCAACCUUUUUCGGCUACACUGUUUUCACUCUAGGUUGCGCCUUAACACCAACGUGGGGAGGGCUAUUAGCAUUUCGUAUCCUUGCCGGUAUCAACGCAAGUAGCCCUAUUUCUGUCAGUGGAGGUAUCUAUGCAGAUAUAUACAAGGAUCCAGUCCCAAGAGGGCGAGCUAUGGCGGUCUUUACUGGAGGUACUUGUGUAGGUCCUGUAGCGGCCCCAAUCAUAUCGGGAUAUAUAUCUCCUGCGCUGGGUUGGCGUUGGACGUUCUGGAUCGGUUUGAUUGUCGCUGGUGCAUCUUGGAUUCCUCUCGUAUUUCUUCCGGAAACCUAUGGUCCUGUUCUACUCCUUAAACGCGCGAAGAAAUUGCGCAAGGAAACAGGUAAUCCAGAAAUAUUUGCGCCCAUCGAGCUAGAAAAGCAAGACUUGAAACAAAUGAUAACCGUGACUUUCACGCGACCUGUUCGCAUGCUAUUUUUCGAACUUAUUGUUUUGGCCGCUUGCUCCUACCUCGCCCUGGCGUAUGGGAUAUUCUACAUGUACUUUGAGGCUUUUCCCAUUAUCUUUGAAGGAAUUUAUGGUCAAUCAUCUGGUGUGUCUGGUCUUAUGUUCCUUCCGAUUGCCGGUGGUGCCGUUCUAGCUACCAUUGUGUUUCUCUGGUGGGAUACAUAUCUCCGCAAAGCUCAAGCAGCCAAUAAACCUUGGACUAAAAAAGAAGAAUCUCGACGACUUCCGCUAGCUCUUUUCGGUGGACCUCUUUAUGUGAUUUCGCUUUUCUGGUUGGGCUGGACAUCUCAUGUCUCAAUUCCUUUUUAUGUUCCGAUGUUGGCUGGUAUUCCAUUUGGAAUGGGCUUUAUUCUAAUCUUCGUCGCAUUAAUCAACUAUUUGACAGAUGCCUAUGAAGUUUUUGCCGCGAGUGCUAUGGCUGCAUCGAGCUGCUGUAGAAGCUUGGCUGGUGCGGUGUUGCCAUUUGCGGCCAAGCCUAUGUACUCCAGACUGGGAGUGCCAUGGGCAAGUAGUCUGCUUGCCUUUCUGAGUCUGCUCAUGUGCGGAAUACCGCUGUUGUUUAUGUGGAAGGGUGAUCGUAUUAGGGAGGGGAGUGUAUUUUGUCAGGAGCUCAAAGCACGAAAGAUCAAGGAAUUAGAGAACUUGGAAAAGGAGAAAUUGGCGACAGGAAUCGGUCGAUCUGCUAGGGUCACCGAGGAAGUCUAG